AUGGCACAGAGGCACUUUGAAGAGAAACAACAUGCUAAAUCUUACCGUUGCUACCGGGUCUCUCCUCCUCAGCAGCUCAUAGAUGAAGUGUUGAACUUCCUGCGAAAAAGAGAUCAGCUGGAUCUAGCCGUUGAUGUGGGAUGUGGAUCAGGACAGGGUACGGAGCUGUUGGCACCUUAUUUUCUCACAGUGGUUGGGAUAGAUAUCAGUCGAGCUCAACUUGAGAUUGCUGAUGGUGAAGAACAUGCUCCAAAUGUGUGUUACAGAGAGAGUCCUGCAGAGGAUCUUCCCUUUGAGGAUGAAUCAGCCGACUUGGUUACAUCUUUUUCAGCCGCUCACUGGUUUGACCAUCCACGUUUUCUCCGAGAGGCAGACAGAAUUUUGAGGCCAGGGGGCUGUCUAGCUCUCCUUAGCUACACUAUGGAUUUUGAGCUGGAAUAUGGAGACAAAACCCCUAAACUGAAUGAAAUCUGCCAUGAGCUCUAUACAGCCCUGCACCCUUAUCGGAAAGCUUACAUUGGAUCCAGUUCUUUGCAAGUCUACAAGAAUAUUUAUGACUCUGUUUCAUACAGAGAUAAAGAGUGGCAUGAAUGUUUAAGGAGUCCAAUACUUAUGCCACUGUCCAGGUUCAUUGGUUUGGUUGAAUCGUUCUCGACCUAUCAAGGUUUUCUGGAGAAGGAUCCUGAAGCCAAGAGCCUGUCUAAGAACAUAACAGAAAGAUUGUUGAAAGAAAUGGGGGCUUCGUCUACUGACACAGACGUGACGGUUGUGGUGAAAUACUUCUAUUUAUUUGCCUCUAAACCAGAGACAUCCUAGAAUUGUAUUCGAACAGAAAACAGUUUUGCCUUGGACGUUUUGAAAAUGUUUCUAUGUUAAGGGUUUGGUGUGUGACUUAAAUGCAGAUUGAAAUGUACUUUUUUGAUAAAUGUCAUGUCUUGUUUUUAUUUACAGUGUUAAGUAAAUAA